CUGAAGCUGAAGAAGGAGAAGAAGACAGCGAAGAAGAAGGAGAAGGAGAAGAAGACGAAGAAGACGAGGCAGAAGCUCUGCGGUUGUGACGGGCCUUAUCGACGUUUACAUUUUAUCUUUGAAUCGUUCAGGAAUAUAGUCACUGGUAACAAUUUUUCAUAGAUGCCAACUAUUAAGCUGCAAAGCUCCGACGGAGAGAUGUUUGAGGUGGAUGUUGAAAUCGCCAAGCAAUCCGUGACUAUAAAGACAAUGUUGGAAGAUUUAGGCAUGGAUGAUGAGGGGGAUGAUGAUCCCGUCCCUCUUCCAAAUGUGAAUGCGGCCAUCCUCAAAAAGGUAAUUCAGUGGUGCACGCAUCACAAAGAUGAUCCUCCCCCCCCUGAGGAUGAUGAAAACAAAGAGAAGAGGACAGAUGACAUCCCUGUGUGGGAUCAGGAGUUCCUCAAAGUGGACCAGGGCACACUCUUUGAGCUCAUUCUGGCUGCAAAUUAUUUGGACAUCAAAGGAUUGCUAGAUGUCACCUGCAAAACAGUUGCAAAUAUGAUUAAAGGUAAAACCCCAGAAGAAAUCAGGAAGACGUUCAAUAUUAAAAAUGACUUCACAGAGGAAGAGGAAGCUCAGGUACGCAAGGAGAACCAGUGGUGUGAAGAGAAAUAAAGUUCAUCCAGACAAUGUCACACUGUAAGGAUUGUUCCCAAAAACACAUUUACUGGUUGCACUGCGCUAUUCAUACUUGCUGAUAUUUACCAGUAGACCAGUAGAGUUAGACCUCUUGUGUAUUGAUAGCAUGAUCUUCAUUGCUUGUCUAGUGAAAAAGAGAAUAUAAUUUAAGUGGUAUCUGUUUUUAUUCUUCUUUGUAUAUUCAGCAGAAAUAAAUAGUCUGUUCACUUCUUCCAAGGAGAAGCCCCCCCCCCCCCCUUUUUUCUUUUUUUUCCUUUUUUUUUUUUUUUUGGAAUAAAUGGUCAUCAGGAAGCCAAGUACAAUUCUGACAUUAUUUGAAGCCUGAGUAUUUUUUAGGAAUGCAGGUGUGUGUGUGUGGGGGUUUCUGAUAAUUCAAGUAUAGAAAGGUGGAGAAAAUCUGAUAGGUGGCUAAAAUUUUCAGCUUGACCUGUGGAAUAGAAGUACUUGUUUAAUGAGUUAACUCUUGGUGUAUGGAUAUGUAUGUUGCCUCCUAUUGCAAUGUAAGAGAUUAAAUACCAUUUUUUAGUUCCACUCUUAUGAGAAAGCAUAGAAUUCUUUUAGUUCCAAAAAUAAAACAAACAAAAUGUG